ACCAACGGGGUGUUGGCGAAGCCAGGCCCGGGCACGUGAUCUGCCGGCGACUCCCGCGCCCGCUUCAGUCGGUCGGCUCCUGUCUGCAGCGCACCAGGGAAGUGCCAGGGCCACUGCCAGGAGGGAUCUUAGGAGAGGUCGUGGGACAUCUCCUGAAGAGCUGCCAUGUCCGGGAAUUUUGCCUCUUCCUCAGAACAGAACAACAGCUGUGAAACCAAAACCACAAAUCUUCGAAUGUCAGAGAAGAAAUGCUCAUGGGCCUCCUACAUGACCAACUCCCCAACUCUUAUCGUUAUGAUUGGCUUGCCAGCCCGGGGCAAGACCUAUGUGUCCAAGAAACUCACACGCUACCUCAACUGGAUUGGGGUGCCCACCAAAGUGUUUAAUCUUGGGGUGUAUCGGCGUGAAGCUGUCAAGUCCUAUAAAUCCUAUGAAUUCUUCCGGCACGACAAUGAGGAGGCCAUGGAGAUCCGCAAAGCUGGCAUCCCUCUAGUCCUCUGCUCUCCUGGCAGACGGUGUGCUCUGGUGGCGCUGGGCGACGUUAAGACCUACCUCACUGAGGAGAGCGGGCAGAUUGCGGUGUUUGACGCCACAAAUACCACUAGGGAGCGGAGGGACAUGAUUUUGAACUUUGCCGAGGAGAAUUCCUUCAAGGUAUUCUUUGUGGAAUCUGUCUGUGAUGAUCCUGAUGUCAUUGCUGCCAACAUCCUGGAGGUAAAGGUCUCGAGCCCUGACUACCCUGAAAGGAACAGGGAGAACGUGAUGGAGGACUUCCUAAAGAGAAUCGAGUGCUACAAGGUCACUUAUCGACCCCUUGACCCAGACAACUAUGACAAGGACCUUUCUUUCAUCAAGGUGAUAAAUGUGGGCCAGCGGUUUUUAGUGAACAGAGUCCAGGACUACAUCCAGAGCAAGAUCGUCUACUACCUCAUGAAUAUCCAUGUCCAGCCUCGUACCAUUUACCUUUGCCGGCACGGAGAGAGUGAGUUCAAUCUCCUGGGGAAGAUCGGAGGUGACUCUGGUCUCUCUGUGCGGGGGAAGCAGUUUUCCCAGGCCCUAAGGAAGUUUCUAGAGGAACAGGAGAUAGCGGACCUCAAAGUGUGGACGAGCCAGUUGAGGAGGACUAUCCAGACAGCUGAAUCCCUGGGGGUGACCUACGAGCAGUGGAAGAUUCUGAAUGAGAUUGACGCUGGCGUGUGCGAGGAGAUGACCUAUGCAGAGAUCGAGAAGCAGUACCCGGAGGAGUUUGCGCUUCGAGACCAAGAGAAGUACCUGUAUCGAUACCCUGGCGGGGAGUCAUACCAGGACCUGGUGCAGCGGCUGGAGCCUGUCAUCAUGGAGCUGGAGCGUCAGGGCAACGUCCUCGUCAUCUCCCACCAGGCUGUCAUGCGCUGCCUGCUGGCCUACUUCUUGGAUAAGGGCGCAGAUGAGCUGCCAUACUUGAGGUGCCCUCUCCAUACCAUCUUCAAACUCACUCCGGUGGCCUACGGGUGCAAAGUGGAAACAGUUAAACUCAAUGUGGAGGCGGUGAACACCCACCGUGACAAGCCAACUAACAACUUCCCCAAGAACCAAACCCCUGUAAGGAUGAGAAGGAACAGCUUCACGCCUCUGUCCAGUUCGAAUACAAUAAGGCGUCCAAGAAAUUACAGUGUUGGGAGCCGGCCCCUCAAGCCCCUCAGCUCUCAUGCCCUGGACAUGCAAGAAGGGGCCGACCAGCCGAAGACCCAAGUCAGCAUUCCAGUGGUGUGACCGUGUGCUCCCCUCCAGCCCUGGCCUCCUGCCCCUGCCACUAACCCCCAAGGGAUCAUUUAACUUCCAGCCCCCACUGCCAACACCCCACCGCGAAUCUUAACCCAGAGUGUGAGGUCAUGUUUCCUGACCAACCUCAGCUAUCCUACAGUGUGAAACAUCCUCUUGCCCAGGGGCAAAUCGGCGAGUUGAGUAUUUUAGGACAGGUCCUCGGUUGGGGUGGCCUGGAGGAAGUGGUGAAGGGACAACACUCCCUUGGCACACUGGCAUAGCUGGGGCUGAGGCUUGGCAAGCCACACACACUUUGUUCUUGUUUGGCCCUGGUUCUAAGCUCACUAAUGUCCUUGAGUGGUCAGGUGGGGGUCUGGGUCCAGGGGGACACAGAAGCCUGUCUUCCCUUCACCUUUGUCUGUGCGGGGCGUGCUUCACUCACUGCCCUUCCUUGGCUGCGCCCUCCCUCCUUGCCCCCGUGUCGGAUGUCCAGCUUACUGCAUGUCGCUGUCAUUGUGGUGUCCACCCGCGAGGGAUGGUGGUCGGCGAGGGAGAAGUCUUCUCUGCAGUGGGCCUAGGUGGAUGUGGAUCAGGGGCAUUUCUUUUCCCUUCUCCCUUCCUUUCAAGCCAGGUUCUGCAGGGGUCAGCCCGGGCCACAGAACACGCACAGGCGCUCUAGAGCCUGCCGGUGCACGUGGGUGAGAAUUCUUGCCUCCUUUCCUGAGAAAUAGGCCUCUGUCUUCGGUGCCUCAGAGUAUGUGGGAAAUAUGUUGGUUUGUAUUUUUCAUUUCAAGAGCCAGGCAUCCUGGUGGCUGUGGGGCGAGGCACAGGACGGUAGAGUGGCCUCUGGCCGUUGCAGGACUGUUGCAGGGCAGUGCGGCCUCUUGGCCGACCACAGCACCUUUCCUGCCAAGGCUGUAGUUCCCUGACCUCGGGCUGUUAGAAGGACAGGGGUAGAUCCAGGAGUCACCAUAUCGAGGCUUGAAUCGCUCAGGGCAGAAGGCAGAGAAGAAUUCACUCAAACUGCUUGUUAUUUUCCAGUAAGUUUCAACACACUCUCCUCUCUAAGUUAAAAAUUUCUUUUCACAUGAGCAAUUGUUUUUCCAAGGGUGGGAAAGCCUGCUGAUGAAUUAACCUCCCUCCUAGUAGUCUUUUAUCUCAUCUUGAUGUCUUUGGUACCCUGUGGGGGUCUAACUCUUGACUGUAUUUACCAAUUCACUUUUGUCAUUUUAUUUUCUUUGUAGGGUUAAAUGAAAUGGGUAGAACAGGGAUCCUUAGCCCCUUGACCCUGAUGGCAUUCUCCUUCCCUCCAGUUGUGUAUGCAAAACGUCUGAAUAUAUGUGCAUUUUUCUGAGAGGCAAGGCCUUCUAGUGAGACCUAAGAGAUAGAUGACUCCCCACCUUAAAGUUAUCAGUUUGUAGAGCAAGCUUAGCUAUUUGCCAAGGGGGUUUUUGUUUGGUAAUAGAAGACCUUUUGUCAUGGUUCUCAUCCGGAAUUAUUCAUUAGAAUCCUCUUUAGAAGUUUUGAAAUACAUGCACAUGCCUCCUUUUAACCCUUUACUUUGCAGGGUGACAUGGAGCAAAUCACCCUGUAAAUAAAUGUCCUUGGGCACUAGAUGGGAAUUUUAAGCACCCUGGAGAGAGGUAGUGAGAUAAAGCCUGUAGGAUGAUAAAGGAUAUCAAGCAAAGGCAGCUGACUUGUGGCCUUGAGUCCUUUUUUCUUACAUCCCGAGUUGGCUCUCACAGCCAGUUUCCAAAGGUUGCUCGCCUAGAUUCUCCUGAAAUUGCAUCCAAGGUGUAAGUAACCUGCUAGUCCUGUUUAGCCAUCACACAGUGUGUACUUAGUGCCCUUGGUUGUGGGGCUUUGGGCUGGGUGCGGGUAGUGGUUGUGGUAGGAUCCACAGAGGUGGAAGAGAAAAGUCCUUGCCCUGAAGAAAGUUAUUUUGGGGACAGGGCAUAUAAUUUACAGUAAGUGAACAUUUUCCAAA